UGCGUUUCUCCACCGUCUUCACUAUUGCCGCUGUCGUCGCUGCUGCGACCCCCGCCCUCGCUUACCCAACGGUGCCUGAGGCCACCGGUGAAGUCACGGAGCACCCCCAUCACGCCGGCAAGCAUGCCCACGCAGGUGCCCACGCUCAUCAGGGCCACCACGGUCAGCACCACGGCAAGCAUGGCCAUAAGCACAGCAAGCACGGAAAGACCGGCAAGCACGGCCGCAAGCACGGUCACCACGGCGGCGUCGCGCACCACGCCGGGUCCAAGCACCCACACACCGAGGCUUCCGAGGCGGAAGCCCCGGCUCCCGCCGUCGCGGAGCGUGAGCUCGAGUUCGAGGAGCUCUACGGCCGUGCUCGUGAGGGCGACGGCCACCACGGCCACAAGCACGGGAAGCACGGACACAAACACGGGAAGCACGGACACAAGCAUGGGAAGCAAGGGACGCACGGCCACCACCACGGCGGUAAGCACCACGCCGCGGCUGCUGCUGCUGCCCCUGCCACAGAGCCCGAGGAGCCUGUCGCAGCGCGCGACCUGGACGAACUGUUCGAGCGCUCGCUGGAGGCGAUCUUCGCUCGCUCGAUGUACUAUGAUGAACUUGACUGAGGAGAUAGCAAGUAGUCACCUAGUUACGCAGGAUGUGCGUAGGUGCAUAGACGACGUGCGCCUACGCGCUUCCUAGAGAUGAAUGUAAUGGAUGUUGUUUACGGAC